AUGUCGACAAUCAUACUUCUCUUCUUCUCAGCCAUCCUCUCAAUUCUUCUACUUACCUCCAUCGCCAACUACACCAGAGCCAAACGGCUCAUCUUCCUCCUCCGCAACGCCUCCCAGGCGCACGACCUCGUCACCCGCAGCCUCAAACUCAGCGGCGGAACAUUCGUCUUCAAAAUCCCAUUCACUCAUUGCUUAAUCACCAGCGACCCCCAAAACGCCCACCAUGUAUUCAGCAAGCGCCACUCCGAUUUCCCUAAAGGCCCCGAGUUCAAAGACAUCCUCGAAGCCCUGGGGGAAGGCAUCUUCAACUCCGACGGCGAAUUCGGCCUCUCCCAGCGCCGCAUUCUUCACUCCCUCUUCAAUUCCCCUCCGUUCGAACGCGUCCUCAUGACCACCCUCCGCCGCAAGCUCGAGUCGGGGCUUCUCCCCGUCCUCGAUCGCGCUGCCUCGGCCGCGGCGGAGGAGGUGAUCGACCUGCAGGACGUGUUCAAGAGGUUCAUGUUCGACAGCAUCUGCACAACGGUGCUCGGAUUCGACCCCAACUAUCUCACCGUCGACCUCCUCCCAGACCUGCCAUACGCCGAGGCGUACGACGACAUGGAGGAGGCCGUGUUCUACCGGCACAUCAUGCCGGAGUUCUGGUGGAAACUCCAGCGGUGGCUGCGCGUCGGGGAAGAGAGGAAGCUCCAUGAAGCGUGGGAGAAGUUCGAUGGCUUCCUCUACGAAAGGGUCAAACUCAAAAGACAGAGCUUCAACAGAAAAACAGAGCAUAAAGAAACAGAGCAUGGUGAAUUCGAUCUCUUAACAGCUUUCAUGAGGGCGGCGGAGGACGGGGAAGAAGAGGGAGGAGAAAUCCGAGAGUUGGGGAAAUCUGACAAGCUGAUGAGGGACACAGCCUUCAAUUUGAUUGCGGCUGGGAGGGACACCGUGACGGUGACUCUGGUUUGGCUGCUCUGGCUCGUGGCGUCGAACCCUGAAGUGGAGAAGAAGAUUCUGGAAGAAAUCAAAGCGAAUUUGGGGGGAAAUAGGUGGAGGUUUUUCGGUGUGGAAGAGCUGAACAAGCUGGUGUAUUUACACGGCGCCGUGUGCGAGGCACUGAGGCUGUACCCGCCGGUGCCGUUCGAGCACCGGACGGCGGCGGAGACAGAGACGCUGCCGAGCGGGCACACGGUGAGGAAGAACGGGAGGGUUCUGUUCUCGAUAUACUCCAUGGGGAGGAUGGAGGAGAUUUGGGGCGGAGACUGGAUGGUGUUUAGGCCGGAGCGGUGGCUGAGCCCCGACGGGAGCAAGAAUGUGCACAUUCCGUCGUACAAGUUCAUGACAUUUGCGGCGGGGCCGAGGGCUUGCCUGGGGAAGAAGAUCACGUUCGUCCACGCGAAGCAAGUGGCGAGCGCGGUGCUUUGUAAUUACAAGGUGGAGGUGGUUGAAGGGCAUCGAGUUUCGCCGGCGGUUUCGAUCGUGUUGUUCAUGAAAGACGGUUUGAAUGUUAGGGUGUCGAGAAGAAAGUAA